CAACCUCUCUACACCCCAAACCACUUCAUUAUUCCCAAACUCCAUUAGCCCACCAUCUCCUCCUCCUCUUUUUCCAUAGCCGCCACCACCACCACCAGUAGAAUGUCCUCCCAAGACUCCCAACCUUUCCACUGGCACUUCAGCACAGAGCUAAGCGACAAUGAUUUCGAAAUCCAUGGCCGAACUCUCUUCUUCAUCAUCAUCCUUUUCGCAGUAGUAAUCGUAAUCACAAUCCUCUUCCUCUACGCACGCUGGGUUUGUCGAUACCAAAACCAACACUUGCCCAACAACCCACCUCCUCACGCGCCACCUCUUGGAUCCCAAGGCCUCCACCCCACCAUAAUUAAGUCCUUACCAAUAACUUUGCACCACUCAUCAUCGUCAUCUGUAGGUGUCGGCAACCGUGGGAACAGCCCUGUAGGAGUGGAAUCUGAGUGCUGUAUAUGUCUCGGAGUAUUUGAAGAUGGGGAUAAAGUUAAAGUUUUGCCUGAGUGCCACCAUUGUUUCCAUAGCGAGUGUGUCGAUAAGUGGCUUUUGGCUUGUUCUAGUUGCCCUCUUUGCAGAGCUUCUCUGCUGCAAGCUAAUUCUGCUGGCUCCCCUGUUCUCUCCAUCUUAACAGAGUAAAUUUUGCAGUAAUUAAAUCUUUUUUUUUUUUUUGAAUUUUU